UUUGCCUGCUUGGAUUCCGGGCAGUGAGGGAGACUUGCGGCUCCGCAGUUGCUGGGCUGCUCUUCUUUUACCACAUGGCAGAGGCCAGGGUUGAGGGGGUUCUCGCUAAACCGCCAGCGGGGGUAAUAAGGAAUGAAGAAGGGAGGACGGGAGGCUGGGCAGCCCCAGUGUAGCUAAGCCCAUUGGGCGCUAUAGGCAAUAGUGACAGGUGUAUGUGCCUCCCACACCUGUGCGGGGAGCGCUACCUAUAAGGAAGCGGCUAUGUGAUGAGUGUUAGGGCUCUGCCCUCACUGGCAGGAAGGUUCCUCUCACAGUCCCACAGCGAAAGCACCAGGGCUUGGCACAGGGAGCGCCCACAAUGAAUAACCCAAUCCCUUCAAACCUAAAGUCUGAGGCCAAAAAAGCAGCAAAGAUUCUGAGAGAAUUUACAACAAUCAGCUCUAGGAAUGGACCAGAUAAAAUCAUUCCUCCUCAUGUUAUAGCAAAAGCACAGGGCCUUGCAGUGCUGUCUGUAAUAAAGGCUGGAUUUUUGGUAACCGCGCGGGGAGGAAGUGGAAUAGUGCUGGCACGCCUGCCAGGUGGAAGGUGGUCAGCUCCUUCAGCCAUCGGCAUAGCUGGACUUGGAGGUGGAUUUGAAAUUGGGAUUGAGGUGUCUGAUUUAGUCAUUAUCCUAAACCAUGAACGGGCUGUUAAAGCUUUUGCAAAAGGUGGCAAUCUGACGCUUGGAGGCAAUUUCACUGUGGCUGUCGGGCCAUUAGGAAGGAAUUUGGAAGGAGAUGUGGCCAUACGAAGUUCAGCUGCUGUGUACACCUACUGCAAGUCUCGUGGACUCUUUGCUGGAAUUUCUCUUGAAGGUUCUGGUUUGAUAGAAAGAAAAGAUACCAACAGAAAGUUUUAUGGUCAGGAGGAUAUUCGUGCAUAUGAAAUAUUGUUUGGUGAAAUACCUCGCCCUGCCCUGGCGGAAGAACUUUAUGAAAUUCUAGACUCCUUUACAGAAAAAUAUGAAAUUGAGGAGCAGAGUGUUAACAUGAGAAAAAUGGCCAGAGAACAACGAAAGGCAAGAAAGGCAUCCCGGCCUCGCUCCUUUCCAGCUUCAAGUGGAAACGAUGAGUUUACGAGACCCGUGCACAAAGUUUACCCAGAUCUUCCAAGCCAUAGUGUUCCUGACAGGAGUUCCCGGGGAGACUGCGUUGUUGCAACAGCUCUUUAUUCAUUCGAAGGCCAGCACCCAGGUGACCUCCCGUUCCAUGUUGGCGAUAAAAUCACAGUGCUAACAAAAACAGAUUCGCAGUAUGAUUGGUGGGAGGGGAAGCUUAGAGGAAACACUGGCAUUUUUCCAGCCAAUUAUGUUGCAUUUAACUAAUGAUGUAAACAUAAACUCUUAUCAAAGAAUAUGAAUGCUGGAACUGGAACACUGGAACUGUUACGGGGCUUUUGUUAUGUCUUACAUUGUCUUACAUUGCCUUCUGUUCAUCCUUCCCAGAUAGGAAGCCCUACAACUUGCCUAUUCCACCAAUUAGUCUCAUUCCUGACCACAUAGAAAUAUCCAUAAAAUAAUAUGUAAUGAUUAUCUGUUGAAAUUGGGUGUUUCAUAUUUUUUUGUGUAUAAAUAUAUAUAUAUAAAAUUGCAGAGAAUGUCCUGA